AUGGAGGCUGAGUUCAUUGCUUGUUCAGCAUCAAUUCAAGAGGCUGUAUGGCUGAGAAGGUUCCUACAAAUCUUACAAGUCACAACGGAGGCAUAUUCUCCCAUGACUGUUCAUUGUGAUAGUCAAGCUUGUAUUGCUUAUAUGAAGGAUCCCAAGUAUUAUGGGAGGACAAAGCACAUCAAAAUCAAAGGAAAUUUUGUAAGAGACAUUGUGGCAAAGAAAGAAGUGGUCCUUAAGUACAUAUCUACUCAUAGAAUGGUUGUUGAUCCAUUUACCAAACCUAUUCCUAGAGAUGUGUUUCUUGCUCAUGUUGGAGCUUUAGGUUUGCGUAGAAUUUAA